CCAGAGGAGAGCCGUGAGCUCGUCACUUCGUGGGGCUGGGGCCUUGGAAUUAUAUGUCGCAGAAGUGAAGAAAAUGACCACAUCAGGUGUUGCACUAAGAGUGGAAACUUGGCUCUUAUCUACCUGGCAUGUGAAAGUACCAACUCGAUGGCUAGAAGCUUGUAUUGAUUGGAUUGAAAAAGGACAUCAUGGAAGCAAUUUGGCUCAGGCUGCUAUUAACAAGAAAGUUUUUGAGCAAUGGCUUCUUACAGAUCUCCGAGAUCUUGAAUACCCUGUUCUGCCUCAAUUCAUUUUAAAUGAUCCAAAAGGAGAAUUGAAUGGCUUUUAUUCAGUGCAAAUUGAUUCAGUUGUUGAUGUGAGUCAGCCUGCUUAUUCCCAGUUGCAAAAAAUAAGAGGAAAAAACACUGUAAAUGAGGAAGUAACUGCUUAUACACAGAGAUCCUUGAGGUCAUGGGAGGAAAAUCCUACUCGAAUGCUUCUGCUACAAAUAACUGAUGGUAUACAUCAUAUCCAAGGUAUGGAAUAUCAACCUAUUCCUCAACUCCAUAGUGGUCUACCUCCAGGUACCAAAAUUAUGAUACAAGGGAAAGUUGCAUUUCGUUUAGGUGUUCUUUUGCUUAAACCAGAAAAUGUGAAAUUAUUGGGAGGUGAAGUUGAUAGCCUUCUAGAGACAUUUGCUUUGGAGAGAGUGCUUGCCAGAUUAAUUGGAGAAGAAGACUGUAGUCCUAACAUUGUCAGGUCUGAUAUUGGUGAAAAUGAAAUUGCAAGGCCUGAUGAUGAAUUAGGGCUUUCUGAUGAAGAGCUUUUGGCAACUCUUGAAGAAAAUGAUGAAAUAAGGAUAAAUGAAGUUCCUCCUGAAAGUGGAUACUAUUCAAGAAGUACCAGUUUAAAUUCUACUGUGCCUUCUUUUCCUCAGAGCUUUGGAAACUGCUCACAACAAAGAUCUGCAGAGUCAAUUUCAAGAAAUGAAGAACUACAAACUGUUUCAGUUCUAGAAAAUAUGGAAGGCGAUUUUGAUGGAUUUUCAAUGGAUGACGACUUACUUUUAGUAGAAGCGAUACAGCAAGAACCGGUACAUGUUCUGAACACUAAAUCUAGUAUAAAUAAUGAAGCUGUUCAAGAAAAAAAAUCUAGUGAAAGAGCAAUGUAUAAUGUGUUUGAAGAAAGCACGGCAGUUUUUACUACAAAUCAUAAAAGACAGUACACCCAGAAUUUAGAUGGCAGUAAAAAAUCCUCUAAAAUUUCUAAUGAUGGAGUAAUAGACAUCAGUGCAGAAUUCGGAUUGUGUUCUGAGCAGGUAGAGAUGAUAAAAGUAAAGAAUAAAUGUCACAAAGUUGAUUUGGAUACUGCUCCUUUUACAUAUCUAUGUGUUCUGUUUAGUAGCAAGUGCAGAGAUAAUACUACUGUGACAAUCAAAGCAUUUAUAGUAACUCUUACAGGAAAUCUCACAAGCAGUAAUGGUUUCUGGAGUGUAACAGCAAAAAUAUCUGAUGGCACAGCUUAUCUAGAAGUUGAAUUUGCUGAUGAGAUUCUUACAAGCUUAAUUGGCUUUUCUGUGCCUGAAAUGAAGCAACUGAAGAAAGAUCCUGUCCUGUACCCAAAGCUUAAAGAGGGAUUACAGAAUUGUCAAACAGAACUAAUAGACCUCUGUUGCUUGAUGACUAUUGAAUUUAAUGUUUGCCAAACAAAAGGAAAAGUAAUAGUUUUGCAAGAUAUUAAUAUAAAUGAUUUGAAUCACUUAAAAAGACGCUUAUAUAUUUAACAUUUAGCAGCAGGUUUUAAUCUGAAGAAAAACCUGUAUCUUAGACUAGGUGUUAAUUAUGGUGUUACUGUUUGAAUUCAGGUUCAGUUGGAGAACCGAGAAAUAUUUUCAUGACAACAUAUAUUUUCUUUAAGUCACUCAAAAAAUGUGUUUGUUUUAGCAAUGGUUAAUGCAUUUUAACUAUUUCCUCAAAAUAACGCUUUUUAAACAUGAGAAAAAUAAAAUUAAGAAUUUAUUCCUAAAAGCUAUUUAUCCUUUGCACUCUUACAAUGAGUAAAAUGAAGUACAUGUAUUUUGAAUGAACAAGCCAGUCUCUGUUUGUGAUUUUUUUACAAUAUUGACAUGAGAUUUGUACCCAGUGCAUUUUGAAAGACUUGGAAGUAAUUGAAAUUGUUAAUUGAACAAUUGACAAUUGAAAUUGUUAAUUGCCCCAAUUUUUCAAGUUUGGAAAUUUGAUAGCAGUAACUUUUAUACAGUAUUUACAUUGUAUUUAGGUAUUUAUACAAAUCUUUAGAAAUAAAAUAUAUUCAAAGUAGCAUGGAAGUGAUUUUGAAUAAAUCAGAGUGAAGCCAUUUUAACCUGUUAUCUGACAGGAUGUCUCUAACAAAGAAUAUGAUAAAUGAGCCAGCUGCAGGGUCAGCAGAGAGGGUGAGAAUAAUUGGAUAUGAUGAGAGCUGGGUUUAGUAUUUAUA